AAUUAAAUGUGGACUUUUCUGGUACUUUUCAGAUUUAAAAUAUUAGUUAGAAAUUUACCCCUAAUGUUGAACUAAAGCAGAGGGAGCUCUGUCCUCACAUGGCUGAAGGGCUGUGAGGUAACACAGGGGCGCCCCCAAGCGGACGGCAGCUGCGUUACAGCAUUAAACCCAGGCUGAACAUAUUUGAGUUUCGGUUUCCAAUCAUCAGAAAUGAUACUGAUCCUUUCUCCUCCGGGAAGUCAGCGUUCAGUCUGCAGUUUCUGUGUUGUCCGAGGCUGGAAGGAAACACAGGGAGAGCGUCAAAAUGAAGGAGUCGGAAAUAUUGAAGUUUAUCUGCGCCAAUCAAGGAGCAGUUGAAACUGAUUAUUUGGUGUUUAAUGUUCCUGAUUCAACCAAUGUUUCGGACAUCAUUUGUAACCAGGACAAAUUUGCGUCGUGCUGUCCCUUCGGGCAGCCGAAGGUGGUGGCCAGGACCAAACUGAGACUGUGCAGAACCAGAGACUGUCAGGGACCAUGCAAGGGGCUACACCUGUGUAAAAACUUCCUCUUCAUCGGAUCAUGUCAGUUCUCUCAGCUGAGGAGAGGAUGCAACUUCUCCCAUGAGCUGGACUCUGGUCGCAAUGAGGUGAUACUGAGAGAGCACGGGCUGGAGAGUCUGAGCAGGUCGGAGCUGUGCACACUGCUAAUGCAGAGCGACAACACGCUCCUGCCUCCUAUAUGUUACGAUUACAACAAUGGUGACGGGGAGUUUGGCCGGUGUCAGGAAGGCUUUGAUUGCAAGAGACUGCACAUCUGUGAGAAGUACUUGAACCGCGACUGCAGCUGCUCCAAGAAUCAUGAUUUUUACGCUCCACAGCCGUUAAAAAGCCUGCUGGAUAAAGGCGUGCCUGACAGCCUCAUUGGCUCCUUGAAGUUUGUCUAUGCAAAUAAAGCGGCUUUGAGGUACAGCAAUGAUGCGAGCAACAGGGCCAACCGUCAGGCGCGUCAGCCAAAGUCAUCCAUUGGUGAAUUCUUUGCUGCUGCCGACAACACUGAUGCGAGCGGCGACGAUGGUCUGAAUUUCGAACAAAGGCAGUGGUACAGAGGGAGAGGAGGCAACAGAGGGAACAGAGGGAACAGGGGCAACAGGGGCAACCGGGGCAACAGAGGCAACCGGGGCAACAGAGGAAACAGGGGCAACAGAGGAAACAGGAGCAACAGAGGAGACCACGGCAACUGUCAACCGCCGCAACGAAGCUCUUCCAUUAGUGACAGCUGUAGUGACUUCUUCGAUCUGUUCGCCGACAGUGGACCAAACGAAGGCAGCGGUGACUGGCUGCAACUGACCUCUUCCACCAGUGACAUUUCUGGUGCUGCCAACGACACUGACGCGAGCAGCGACGAUGGUCAGAGCAGAAAUCGGAAUAGAACUUCAACAGCGGUCAGAGGACACGGUGGAGACCAUCAGCCGCUGCAGCCAACCCGCUCCGUCCACGAUGAUGCAAACAGCGGUGAUGGACAGCGCAGACGAGAAAGGCCCAGGCCUGUGAGAGAUAAAACGGAGAUAUGCAUGUACUUCAUCAAAGGACACUGUAAACAUGAGGACCGGUGUUUUAAAGCUCAUGACAAGAUGCCAUACCGAUGGCAGGUCAAAAAGGAUGAUCAAUGGAACGCCUUGCCCGAUAAUGAGACGAUAGAGAAGGACUACUGUGACCCUAAAAACACAUACAGCAGCAGCAGCCCACCUGUGCAUUUUGACACGAUGACCUGUGGACUGGACAAAGCGCGACUCUCUACCGUUAACUCUCUGCUCGAGCCGACCUUCAUCCACACCACUGAGUGGGUUUGGUACUGGGAGGAUGAGUUCGGAAAGUGGAACAUGUACGCUACUGGUGGACACAAAGCAGCAGACAUGGACAGCGCCAAACUGGAGCAGAGGUUUCUGGACAAUGAGAAAGAUGUUGUGGAGUUCACCGCAGGUUCACAGUCAUAUACACUCAGUUUCCAGGACAUGAUACAAACAAACAAGCACUAUGGCACUAAGAGGCUUGUGAAAAGACGGCCACGGUUUGCCUCUGCAGCUGAUGUCCAAACAAGGAGAGUGAG